AUGGCGGCGGCUGCGAGGAGCGCGAUACUUAAGUACCUGAGAGUUCCAGUUCCGGCUGUGCCAUCAAACCCUAGCUCCACCACCCCUCUCUUUCUCUCCCCUUUUAAUGCCAUACGACGCCGUCUCUUCUCCGAGGAGGUCAGGGGCACCUUCCUCGACAAAUCCGAGGUCACCGAUCGUGUUAUCUCUGUCGUCAAGAACUUCCAGAAAGUCGAUCCCUCCAAGGUUACACCAAAUGCUCAUUUCCAGAAUGAUCUUGGAUUAGAUAGUUUAGAUGCUGUGGAGAUUGUGAUGGCUCUUGAAGAGGAGUUUGGGUUUGAGAUCCCUGAUAAUGAAGCUGACAAGAUCAACUCAAUUGGUCUUGCUGUGGACUUUAUUUCUUCUCACCCUCAGGCAAAGUAG